UUGUGGCGUGAGCGGAGGAGGAGCGGCCCGCGCAUGCGCACCGCGGCAGGAUUGAUUCUUCUUCCACUCCAUGACAUCCAGCGGGACUGAGCGACUACUGCUGCGCUGUCGACAAAUACAUGCUCCGCCUAAUCCCGCAGCCCUCCCCGAGCUCCGGCACCGCUAGACAAUAACGCGCUCGAGGCCGACGCACGCAGACGGUGACGGUAAUUGAUCGGGGUUCGUCGAGGAUGAGACUGAUCGAGACGCGUGCGGAUGGAGAGGAGAAGCGCGAGCUGCCGCCUCCGUUCAGAAACCCGUUCGUGCAUGAGCUGCGGUUCACGGCGGCGCAGAAGCUGCAGAUCGGUCUGAUGACGGUGACGCUCUUCCCCAUCCGGCUCUUCAUAGCGGCGUUCAUGAUGCUGCUGGCCUGGCCGUUCGCCUUCAUCGGUUCGGUGGGCCGCUCGGAGACGGCGGUGGAGCCGCAGUGCUUGUGGAGAAAGCUGGUGGACGUGGUGCUCAGGACCAUCAUGCGGGUCAUGUGGUUCGCCGGCGGUUUCCAUUGGAUCAGCAUUAAGGGCAGACAGGCUCUGCCCGCCGAAGCACCCAUCCUCACCCUCGGCCCACACUCGUCCUACUUCGACGCCAUUCCUGUCACCAUGACCAUGGCUUCGAUCGUGAUGAAAGCGGAGAGCAAAGACAUCCCGGUGUGGGGCACUCUCAUCAAAUACAUCCGGCCCGUGUUCGUGUCGCGCUCGGAUCAGGACUCCAGGAGGAAGACGGUGGAGGAGAUCAAGAGAAGAGCUCGUUCAGGAGGAGACUGGCCACAGAUAAUGAUCUUUCCAGAAGGGACGUGCACCAAUAGAACCUGCCUGAUUACAUUCAAACCAGGAGCGUUCAUUCCUGCGGUUCCUGUACAGCCCGUCGUGAUCCGCUACCCAAACAAACUGGACACCAUCACGUGGACGUGGCAGGGGCCCGGAGCGUUUAAGAUCCUGUGGUUGACUCUGUGUCAGCUUCACAAUGAGUUCGAGAUCGAGUAUCUGCCCAUUUACUCGCCCUCAGAGGAGGAGAAGAAGAACCCAGCGCUCUUCGCUCACAACGUGCGCCGCUUGAUGGCAAAGGCCCUGCAGGUCCCCGUCACAGACUACUCGUAUGAAGACUGUCAGCUAGCCAUGGCGGAGGGUCAGAUCCGGCUGCCCGUCGACACGUGUCUGCUGGAGUUCGCUAAACUGGUGCGCAGUCUGGGGCUGAAGCGUGUGAACUCGGAGAAGCUCCUGCAGGAUUAUGGGAAGCGCGCUCGUAAACUGCAGGGUCAGAGACUGAGUCUGGAGGAUUUCUCCCAGUUCCUCGAGCUGCCCGUGUCAGACGAGCUCAGACACAUGUUCGCUCUCUUUGACGAGAAUGAAGACCACUCGAUGGACGUCCGGGAGUUUGUGAUCGCCUUCUCUGUGGUGUGUCGGCCAGCAAAAACACUGGACACCAUCAGGCUGGCCUUCCAGAUGUUUGAGGCCGAGGAGGACGGUGCGAUCACGGAGAACGAGCUGAUGUGCAUCUUGAGGACAGCGCUGGGCGUCGGAGAGCUCAAAGUCAGCCGUCUGUUCAGAGCCAUCGAUGAAGAGGACUCGGGCAAAAUCAGCUUCGAGAGCUUCAGGGAGUUUGUGGAUCAGCAUCCAGACUUCGCCGAGCAGUACCUCUACUCAGACAACGCAGGCUUCGGCAGCAGCUCCCCGUCCCACGCCGCCAACGGCUUCUGCGCCGACUUCAGCCCGAGCGAGCAGAAGAAACUCGACUGAGCGCCGCUGCAACGUUUACUUCCUGCUGUCCGUGACAUUUGAUUGGUUCCUGUACGCUUGCUGGUUUUCUCUUCCCCUCAGCAUCACUUCAGAAUCACUAUUUUAAAAGCAAAUUGAAGGGAAUUUGUGUUUUGUUUUUGGGUCAGAGAAAAACUUGAAAGCCAAGCACUUAUUUCAUUUCUCAUUGUGUGUGACUGAUACUGACCGACUGUGCAUGUUUUUGUAAUACGGGAUGAAAAUGUCCGGUCAGUGAUGAAUGCAAGUGGUUUCCUGCUCUCUCAUUCAGUCCCUCACACCACGUCUUUUGUUUUCCGUCUUUCACGACUGUAGAUGCCUUUAUGAAUUCGUAAGUGAGUAUUUGCAUGGGCUCGAUGCUUGAUAACAGUAUUACUCAGUAUUUGAUCUGAUCGUUGAGCGCCAGUGACAGAUACCUGAGCUCUGUCUCCUCCUGCUGGACGGACUGAGCAUCAGAUUUGAGGUGCAACAUACGACUGGAUUCAGUGCUGGUCUGAAUCAGAAUGAGCCGGUUUUAUUAUAUUAUUAUAUCUCCUGAUUCCUUAAUAUUUCGUCCCUUCGCUCAGGGGAAAGCGGCUAAUGGUGUUUGUUUUGGGUGUGUGCGUGUGUUUUUGUUUUUCUCAUCCUUCUGUACAGUCAGUUGCACAUUUAUGAAUUCUGCAAAUCCAAUAAUCAUUUCAUGAUCACUUCGAAAUCAGCUGAUUUUUUUUUUUUUCAUUUCAUUUUGAUUUACUUCAGGUACUGAAAUAAACUGCUUAAAUCUUACAUCAAUAUGGACCAAAUACAGAAUAAUGACUGUGGUUUAGUUAGCGAGUCAGGAAUCUGAUCAAUGUUAUUCAUUAGAUAUAGUCAAUAACAGAGCGUUUACCUUUUGAUAAGCAUAUUCCUGUAUUUUUCUAUUUUUCACUCACACAGGCAAGUGAAAAAUUGGCUUCAAGUCCAAUAAAGUGGCUUAUUCCAAUAUUAUAGUACAUUUUUAUCUGCAUUUUACGUCAAGUAAAGUCUUCCUCUCUUUCUUUGAGCUCCGGUUUCUUCACACGAACAAUCAGAUUCUGACCGAGGUCACUCUGAAUCCCUAAUGAAUGAUGUUUUGGGGUAAAUGGAUGAUUUGUUUUCAUGCAUUCGGCUUAAACACACCCCGAGUGAAUAAAUGCACUGCCUGAUGUGAUUGAACACAAAUAUCGAAUCACUAAUUUUUUUUAUUUUUUUUUUUGAACCAUGCAAUAAGGCCAAAGUUAAGCGAUAUGCAGUUAUUUUCUUAAAGUUUGGUCUUAAAUUUGAUUUACCACAAAGAUUUCAAAAGUUGUCAGGGUUUAUUUUGCUAAAAGAUACUGUUAUUAUGUUUCUAAGAUUUGUUUAUGGUCGAUGAGCUAAUGUGAAGAUGCAGGUUUGAUCAGUUUAGUCUCCUCAACAUUUCACCAACACCUCAGACUUCUGCGUUUAUUACGUCUGAGAUGUUUGAUUCACACUUUAGUUUCUAGUGAAAUCUGGUAGACCCUGGACAGGACUUCACUGUCACUUCUCAAUUCAACUCACAUUUUUUGGCAAAGCAAUAUUUUAUCGAUGUCACUACCUUUUUAAAAACAAUUUCUGAUAUGUAUUUUGAAAAUUCCGAGUGCUGGGCAUUUUGUGAAUUUUGAUAUACAUAAAAGAAUUUCCUCUCACUGCCAUGACAGAUUUGUGAUCUAAAGUGUUAUUUUCAGAUUGACCUGGUUAACUAGUACGACCAGCUUCUGUCUUUCUACACAUUCUGUGAUGUUUUCCUUGCUGAUGCCGCUAUGUAUGUAAUUAUUAUGGUUAUUUUUUUUUUUUUUCCAAAACACAGAUUUCACAAAGAUUAUUGUUGGCCUUGAAUUUCAAUGUAAUUGUAAUGAUGAAAAGAGAAUGUAUUGACAAUCCAUCACAAUCAGCAGUCAAAAGCGCAUCAUAUUUGAGUGGCGAUAGUCUCAAACAGGAAGUGGUGAGAGGUGGAUCUGGAGCCUGAUGUACAGAGUCUCUGUGCUCAUGAUGGCACCGGUCUCCAGCUCAUCUCAGUCCAUGCUUUCUCUUCUUUUUUCUAAAUUCUGAUGCGUAUUUACUCGUGCUGGCACUUUAGAUUUUUAAGCUUUCUUUUCAUGAAUCCUCUGACAAAUGUGAAGGUUUGCUGGUGUUUAUGUGGACGGUUACUAUGUUACAGUGAUCAGUUUCUGUGUUACAGUUAAGUGUUACUGUGUUACAGUGAUUUGUUACUGUUACCGUAAUCAGUUUCGGUGUUACAGUGAUCGCUUUCUGUUUUACAGUAAUUGGUUACUGUGUUGCAGUGACUGGUUACAGUUAUCGGUUUCUGUGUUACAGUUAACUGCUACUGUGUUACAGUGAUUGGUUUUUGUGUUACAUUUAACUGUAACAGUGUUACAGUGAUUGUAACUGUUACAGGUUACAGUGAUCAGUUACUGUGUUACAGUGGCUUUUGAUAUGAACCCAUACAGAUGAUAUUGUAUUGUGCAGAAAGGGAUUGUGGGUUUGCUCUGUAUCUGAUGGGGUUGCAGUUCUUGGACAUUGGACUUUUUUUUUUUGAUUAUGAUUUUAUUUUUGUAACAAACACAUUUACCCCAAAUUCAUAUUAUCAUAAUGAAGCAAAGUGUUAUUUCUGUGAAGAAAAUAAAAUGUGAUGCUUUUCAAUUAAACAAUCAUUUUAUUGGUGUUUUAAAUUAUGCUAAUGAGAAUAACAACACAAACAGUCAGAUGUAUAUUAAAUUGUCAUGAAAAUGUCAGCUCAAAGUAUCUUAAUGGUUUCAUUUGCUUCAGUGGCCAGAAUAUUAUUGAAUAAAAGCAUAAGUAAUGAUCAGAAAUGUGUGAUCUGAGCAAACCUUAGUCUCCUUUCUCACGGUCAGAAGCGCUGAUUUAAGAUGGAAAGAGUUUUGUUUUUCAUUGUUUUCAUCAGUCUUGUAGUAUAAUGAAAUGAGGACCCAGCAUCUCUCUGGUGUUUUUUUCAGUGUAGAGUUUAUUUGAAAUACCUCACAGAAGACCUGCUCUCCUCUGUGUUCGUAGAGGUUCGUGUAUUUAUUUCUCUGGUGUCUGUGACGCAUGUCUAACACUGAGCUGAAGAAGAUAGGCUGAACUCCUCCAGGUCAUGGGUCUUUCUGAUGGCUCUUCUGACACUCGUCCGGCUGAAGUAGAUCUUUUCUAUUUUGCCCUGACUUUUAUUUUGUAAUGUAUCGAGUCAUUUUUACAAGAUUCCUGGGCUUGUCUGUUUUGACUGCUAUGAAAUGACUUGUCAUUCUGACUCUAAUAAAAAAGGGACACUUGAGCACA